AGUUGCCAAUGUAGAAAAAACCAAUGUUGAAAGUUCAAAAGUUUUUUCAAUUUUAAUGUGGUAACAUCAUAUGUCUAAAUUGGAAUACAAAUGGCGGCUAUGUCCCCGUCUGAGCGGAGAUUACAAAAAGAACUAAUGUCCCUAAUGAGGGAGCCUCCACCGGGAGUCACCGUGGACGGAGAUCAGGCCAGCCAAAAUCUAACACUGUGGACAGUACACAUGGAAGGCGUCCCCGGCACCCUGUACGAGGGCGAGAAGUUCGUCCUCCAGUUCAAAUUCACCAACAAGUAUCCCUUCGACUCCCCAGAGGUCACAUUUAUAGGCAACAACAUCCCCAUACACCCGCACGUGUACUCGAACGGGCACAUCUGUCUGUCCAUUCUAACGGACGACUGGUCGCCGGCGCUGUCCGUGCAGUCAGUCUGUCUGUCCAUCGUCUCUAUGCUAUCGAGCUGCAAGGAAAAGAAACGGCCACCAGACAAUUCGUUUUACGUCAAAACCUGCAGCAAAAAUCCUAAGAAAACGAAAUGGUGGUAUCACGAUGACUCCGUGUAACCAGUAAGCACGUUGGCUGUAUCGCGCAUGGACGAUAUGUGGUCAGUGCCAGUGUCGAGUGUACAUACUUAUAGCGGGGCGCCGCGCGCCCUCGGUCGCGUUUUGUAUAAUAAUACUACUCAUUUUAUAUUGAAAACAAUCAAUCUAUGACUAAAGCAAAGCUUCAACUUUAACCCCCCCUAAUAAACUUACGAUGCCGCUAAUUAUCGUUUGUCCCUUUCCAUCAUACCAAUACGUCGGAAAGGGCCAAACGAUGAUUAGCGGCAUCGUAACUUUACUACACGUUUAUGAAUAAGGAGGUUACGUUCAGGCGCUCCAUUUGUCGACAUCGAAUCGAUUUAACCUUUUCAACGCUUUUCCACACGUGUCAAGAAAUGCCAUGGACGCCAAAAAGUUAACUGGUGAAGAGCGGAUAUGAAGCUUGACUGACAGUAGGAAAGUCGCUUUGUCAACGUCCGCCAUAGCCUUUUUAAUGGUCAUUGGCGUCGCGGGCACGACAGACGAUGACCGUUUUAGUGGUCUUUGGCGUUGAAAAGGUUAAGCCGAUUAAGGUAGGCUUUGUAAUCGAGUGAUAUAAGCCACCGACUCGAAAUCGCUAACAUGUGUUUGAAAUGUCAUUUACUGAUUCGGCGUUGAGAAAUGGGUUGCACAUACUGAUGUUUUCGAUUUCCAAAAGGGGUAACUUUAUUUUUUCUUGUGAUUACUCUAGAUUGUCCGAAAACACUUUUUGAAAACCUUUCUGUUUAACACCCUAAAAAUCUUUGUUUUAACAAGGGUUCCAUCCAGGGAUCGUAAACCGGUAUUUUUUGUAUGGGAACGAAAACGGUAUUUUUUCGUUCUUUGUUAAUUAUUUCAUUCCUAAUCGGGCAAUCUAAUCGAAGUCGUUAUCUAAAAACACAACUGAGUCCUACAUUUUGAGUAUAUAAUAAACCGAAAUAUAUGGUUAUUUCGAUGUUUUUGCAAAAAACCGGUUCCGAUCCCUGGUUCCAUCUAGAUAUACACCUCGCUUAAUAGAUACAAUGAUACUUUUUGUUGUUCCAGUUUUAUUACAUUGGUACAAGCAAAGAGAAUUUGAAAUGGAGGUGGAUUUUUCAAAGAAAAUUUUGUAGCCACAGUAUUUUACUGCCAUCUUUCAACGCAUCAUUAAAACUUUUAGAACGCCAUAUCAGUGAAAUAAGAAUCAAAUCAAAGUAAAAUGGCGUUCUAAAAGUUUUAAAGAUAUGUCGAAAGUAGUAAAUUUACUGUGGCUACAAAUUUUUAUUUGAAUUGUCAAAUAAAAUUUUGUAGCCACAGUAAAUUCGCAAAUUUAUUGUGGCUGUGGAUAUUGAUCCACCUCUAUUUCAAAUUCCCUUUGGUACAAGUAACAAAAUGUAUUAAAUACGUUUUAUAAAUUGUCACUGUGCGAAAAACUCGAUGACUAGCUUAGAUUGGUCCUAAGAAAUAUUGCUCAAGUGAUUCAAGUUUUUACAGUACAUAUGGUGCUACUUUCCCGCACGCGUGCGGGAAUGAGCACUUUCCGUGCAUAUGUCGAAACUUUAAAGAGCCAUAUGUACUGUAACGUUAUAAGAUACACGUGGCAAUACGUAAUUCGCAACUCGUGUCGAUUUAAAACACUCCCUUCGGUCGUGUUUUAAUUUAUCACCACUCGUUACGAAUUUCCUAUUUUCUGCACUUGUAUCGUAAAUAACUAUUAUCAACUGCUUAAGUUGAUGAUAAAGACUUAAAUUGUAUUAUAAAAAACGUAAGAAUCGAUAAUGAUAUAUACAUAUUUCUGUACAAAACACGACCGACAUUACCAAUGGGAAAUCGUAUUUUGUCAGUGCUAAAUAAAUGUAAGUAGCAUAAUAGGAUAUGAAAUCAAAUAAAUGUACUGCUUAGAUCGGGAAAAAUUGUUUGUCGAAUUGUAAUUGUAUAUAAUUAUUGAUUAUAUUUAUGAUGCAACCAGAAACAUGAACAUUAUGCCAGUUGUAGUAUUUCUCAAUUUAAUAAUCAAUUUUAGAAAACAGCUAAAAAAAUAGUUUUUUUUUUAUUGCAGAUGCUUUAUAUAUUAUAUAUUUAUAUAUUAUAGGACAUUAUUACACAAUGUUCGUUGUUCUUGAUUUGAUAUAAAAAUGUAGAAACAAUUAAUGAUUAUGUUUCUGGUUAUCUUUUUAUUGCCUAACUGCAGGUAUCAGUUCAAGGAUAUUUUUGGAAAAAUAAAAUGACAUACAAUAUAUUUCCAAAAUGCCUUUAUUAUCAGCUUUGUACGUUUUGCGUUUAUAAGAGCAAGUUUAAAACUUAAAUAUACACAUUAUUUUUCACAGUAAAUCACCUUAUGUAUUAUAAAACCAAAGGUUUGGAUAUGUUAUAUUGUUUCCAAAUUCAAAUAAGUGUGAAACGAAAUACCAGUGCCCCUAGUGUAAAUUUAGUCGAUAGCGAAACGUGACGUACGCGUUUGCGUUAAGUCUCAUUUUGUAUGGGUUUUUGAACAGCGCGCCAAGCGGGACGUUUUGGAAAGUCAAAAAUCUCAUACAAAAUGACACUUAACGCAAACGCGUACGUAACGUUUCGCUGUCGAAAAUAUUUACACUAGGGGUACUGUUUUAAGUGUGAUAUAUACUGCCCUCCCAAGCCAAACAGCGCUAUCUCAAUAACAAAUGAUUUUGAAAACGGAAUUGUUAGCUAUAGAAAUUCAAGUAUAAGUUAGCAAUGAUUUUUCUUUCAAGAUAACACUAUUUGGUUUAAUACGGCAGUAUAGACCGGGAAGUGAUUUUUAGAUCCCUGACAAAUAUUCUUGUGAUGUAUUUACAAUUUGGUGCGCGUGCCCAGGAUAGGGGAGAACAUGAAAAGUGGAUAUAAUCUAUACGGUGUUACUAAAUCCACUCAAAAGCUAUGUAAAUGGCCCAUUUUGUAUUGAAAUCUCGUACUGUUAUCAUCAAAAAUAGCGGAUCAAACGACGUGUCAAAAGUAUCUAGUCAGACCAAAGUAAGUUGACAGCGGAUUUGACAGCCCACAGCGCAAGUUAUGGAAUGUAGAAAGAGAAGCAAAAUCUCUGUGUUUGAAAUGUGUACAUUAAACAACAUUAAAUAGGUGGCGCCACAGUACACCGAAAUGAAGUGUCAUAGACCUAGUAAUAAUAUAGAUGUGCUAUACGCCGCCCGUGAGGGACAGAACAUACGCAAUGUGAAAAAAUUAAAAACACGUUUUAACAUUCCUGACAACAUACCAAAAACAACCUACGUAAUUUGGUCGGGUUAUUUGUUGCCCAUCUCCCAUUUCAUCUCUAUAUUAUUAUACCUCUAUGGUUCAUGUAAUACCCAUGAGCCUACCCAGCGCCCCCGGAGAGAUUAGGAACUAUUAUUUAAAGCUGAAGGCUGCAACAAUUCUGCUAUAAGAGAUUGUCGUCCUUUCUCUACCGUCCAUAGUGCAAGUGUUAUUUUAAACGUCAGACUUCUAUGAAAUUAUGACGUUUAUUAACACUUGCACAUGCUGGGCUAUCAAAGUCGUUGCCAACUUAGCUUGGUCUGACUAUAACAUUCUCUAACGGCUUAGCAAAAAGAGAUAUAAAUAUCGCGAACUGUAGAGAUUUAUCUGGCUGGCUACCAUUGAUAACUGUACGAUCGUAUUGCUCUCAACCUUGUCUUAUCUAUAUACUUCUUCUUGCCCAUAUUCCCGGUUCACCUGGGGUCGGGCCUCCUUGUGCAGCGGCGCCAGGACCUUCUGUCCCGGGUUGUCAUUGGCAAAAUGACUUCAGCCCUUAGAUCCCUCUCAACAGUUGACCACCACGUGGCAGGUGGUCUCCACUUCCCCUGGGCUGUUUUGAUGUUGAGCACAGUCUUAGUAGCUCUCCUCCCUUCUCAUUACGUGGCCGCACCAGCGGAGUCUCCCCUCUUUCAGCUUGUCGGUUAUUGGGGCUAUCUUAAAGGAUCCUCUGAUAUAUUCGUUUCGGAUUUUAUCCAGGCGUGUUACCCCAGCUUGUAUACACAAGAAUAAAAUGAAGUUCAAUGUCAUAAUAAAUUGAAUGAGAUAUAUCUCAAAGAGCUUCCUGGUCACUAAAAUGUACUAUUCUCAUCAAUAUACUCAUAUUGAUUUCAAUGUUUUCAAAUGUUUGCCUAUAAUUUACCGGCGAACCUACUUUUAUUAGACGUUGCUUUAAUUCGCGAUAAAACUGUGGUCAAAACCGAAUUGUAUUCAUAUCGUUGCAUAUUUAUAUGAACUAAAACUAUAAAACAAUAUGCUGGUACAUAUUUGGCAGGAAGGCACAUCAAAAUACAAAAUAAAACUAUUUGUGACACUCCAAAUCAAAAGGGACCUUAUGGCGGUCGGCGCGUACGCCGUUAUUAGCGGCGCGCCAAUACUAAUGCGGUACACUCACGUCUGAAAACAUCGUCAAGACCGACGUGCCAAAAAUAUGUAUACACAGCGUUAUAAUAUUUGUUUUAUAAUAUUAAAACAAGCCUUAAUUAUCUACUUUAUGUCUAAAAUGAAAAUGGUUAAUGUCUUAAUAGUUACUAUUAUGUUUGGGAGAGGACACUGACUUCUGUAACACAGGUUUUUACCUAGCUCAGAAGUCAGGGACUUCAACACUAAAAUGUACUUACCUUAAUGCCAAUAAUUUUUUUUUUUUAUGGCCCAUAUGGGUAGUGUAUACAUAUUUUUGGCACUUUGUCCGUGUCAAUACUUUCAGACGUGACCGUACUACGCGACGUAAGCGCAGACCGCCAUAAGGUCCCUUUUUAUAUGGACUGUCACAUUUUUAUGUAAGUACUGGAAAUAAUAACUCUCUUUAAGUUUGGUCUAUGAAUUAAUUUAUUUAAUUAGCGAUUGUCUGGCGACUAGCGAGACAACUUUUUUAAGGGCAUGAAUUUUUCUUGCACGUCAUUGAUUAAAUAUUAAUAAAUGCGUCUCUUUCAUUCGCUUUCUCGUCAGCGGUGGGACAGGCACAUCUUAUCAGAAGUCUGGUUAUAAACUUUCCUGUGCUUUUCUGUCAAAGAAAAAUAAAUAAAUGUGUACAUCCCUAUUUUAAUGUCUACUAUAUCCAAGUACAUCAUGUAAUAUGUGAUUUCCUAUGGCCUCCAGAUCAAAUUAUUGCACAAUAUUCUCAUAUAAAGUGAGACAUAAAAUUGUGCAAUAAACCGAUCGCGGGACAUCACGGCUACCACGAGUUGGCGUUUGACGUAUUCCCUCUAUCGUACCAAUCCAUCAGUGCGAGCGAGAUAUACUGCGAUCGAGUUUACGCAGGCGCUAACGUAAACGUCAACUCGUGGUACGGCUACAGGUCGCAUCUGUUAGGAUUGGUCAAUUAAAUUUGAUUUAAGCCAUAUAUUCACUGAGAAAUAAAUUGCUAAGUACAUGAAGUGUUCAUAAAGAGGUUAGGAACCGGUUUAUUUCGGUUUUCUUCCGAACUUUUAUAAGAACGCGAAUGUUUUAAGAACUUUAUUGUAACCUAAAAAACCGGUUUUUAUUGCUCUAAACCGGUUAAUUUGACAAGAACUGUUCACUUAAAAUCCGGUUUAAAAAUAACGGUUUUUCGAACGAAACCGAAAUUAAAAGGUUUAGUACAUUGUAACGGUUUGGAAAUUUAACCGGUUUCCGAGCCUUGUGUUUCUCAAAGAAUGUAUAUUGAUUUAGGAAUAUUGUAAGCAUUUUGACUCCAAGAACGCUUAAAAGUGUUAUGGCCUUAUAGCGUAUGCUAUUAAUGUACCCUUCAUGCCUUCAAAUAAGAUUCUAAAUAUAUUAUAUACAUAUAUGUAUAUAAAGUAAUGGAUCAGUUCAAAUGCUGUAAUCCUGUCUGUUGUGUUGCACGAUGAAUCUAUUUACCACUCAGUAUCAACUCCUAUGUUUCCACAAUAUAACUUGAAAAAUGUUUCGGCACUGUUUGUCUUCUUCGUAGUCCAUUUAUUGUAUCUUUUCAUGUAAUGACUGUUUGUUGCCAUAAUAAAAUAAAAUAAAAAUAAAUAUAUUGGCUUCCUUGCGCCCGUGAUGUUGGCGAGUGAGUGAACUUAAAACAUUUAAAUGUUUCUCAGUGAAUAAAUAGCUUUAGAGUAAGUGUUGAUGUCUCAAAUAUGUAACCGUGAGUCAUUUUGGUAUUUUAUUUAAAGAGUUUCUACCGGUGGAUGAAAUCUAUGUAAAUGUGAAAUAUGGCGGAUUUGAUGAAUUUUAGGUGCCGAUUUCGUAAAUUCAUUUCGGCACCAGACUGGUUACUGAAAGUUGAUUCUGGCUUCCUUAAAUGAUUUCUUCGACGUAACAAUUUUUAUUUUGCUAAGACUUACGAUAUGACAAAUAAUAGUUAUUGAUAGUAUAGAAACGUGGAGGAAAUAUUGGAUAUGCCAUCUGUAAUUUAAUUUUCUGUACAAAACAGUUUGCUGAUUUUUGCGGGGGAGGGGCACGUCAAAUGUAUAGCUAUUUGUACGUAACAUAUCCCGAAUGUCAAAGUUUGCCGUGGGCAGUCCCAAAAAAUCGCGAAAAUAAUCUAAUGGGACACCUUGAAGGCCCAAGGUAGGCGAAACGUAUGGGCGCAGGGGUACAUCUUUAUCACGAUUUUCAUAUCGGUUCCAUGGGGAAUUUUGUUCAGUAUGUCCAUCUUAAUACAUUUUGACAUUCGGGAUCACGACACCAAAGUCACCCAGUUUUUACAUACUUAAUUCAACUAUCACCAUUCAUGGGCCAAUUACAUCCACAUUUCCCGAAAUCUGUCCCGAUGUCGAUCCAGGCCGCGUAGCCAACGUUACAAUCGUUAACGUUCCGUAGCGUAGCGUAGUCAUCUCUCUCUAUCACUGUCUAAUAUGGAGGCAUAUUAGUGCGACUGUGACAGAUGCGUUUCGUUCGCCACGGAGCGUAAACGAUAUGCACGUUGGCUACGCGGGCUGAUAAUCUCGUUUCACGGAAUAUCAGGACUUCGUUAACAAUAUUUGAAAUAUAAAAAAAAAUGGUAUGUAUGCAACAAUAUCAAACAUUGAACAUUUUUGGAAAUAGGGAAUAUUCCGCGAAACUCUGCGUAGGGGGCGCCACUACCACAAUCUGAGGGUCUACCGCGAAACAAGAAAAUCGAUAUUUCGAUAUCUAACCUCUCUAUCGCUCUUGCAUAUUCGAGCGAUGAAGAGGCAGAUAACCAAAUUACGAUUUUCACGUUUCCCGGUAGGCCCUUUGUAAACAAACCGGGUUAUACCUACUAGUUUUGAUGGUAACUACUGGGAUUUUUUUUCCCAGUACCAUUGGUAAAAGGUGGGAAAAAAAUUCCAGUAGUUACCACUGGUAACAACUUGGUGGUAACUAGUGGGAAUAACCCAACAAACCGCCUUGUUGCAUCAAUGUCUAAUAAAAUUUUAUUAUCUGUGAAAACUUGUCACAAAACAGUUUAAGGCACACUAUGUAUAAGUUACUCUAUGGUUUACGUAAGGUGCUAGUGCUGCACUCUGGCAGCAGAACAUUGCAGUAAUACUCCCUAUUAGAGACGAUGUAUAAGAUGUGCUGACAUUUGGUAAAACAGAAAAAUCCUCUGACCCGACAUCGGACCCGUUUGCAUGUGGAUGUAGUUGGCCCUUCAGUGCUUUGUAAACCCCAGUGUCAACUUUCGGUGGCGGUCGUUAGGCUAGGCACACAUUCUUGUCGAAAUUGUACGAGGGCGAUAAUGUGUAUUGAAUAAAACAACCUGCUUAAUUUAUUGAAAUAAAAACGUUAAACAUG